AUGAUCGAUGACUUGAAGCACAACCUGACGAAGUUCUGCACGUCCUGCCAACCAUUCGUUGAUACCAUGUCCGACACCACUACGCCCUGCGUCUAUGAUGUACCCACACUCCUCUCUUAUGCCGACUGCAUAGACCCUGAACAGGCGCGACAUCGGGCCAGACAACUCCUCAAGCAGAACAAGCAGAGCAUUGCUGGACCUAUGGACCUCUCCGCAUUUAUGGACAGGUUCCUUCCUCUUGGCGGAAGGCCUUUUGCAGAUGCCUCUUCACAAAGACUGUCCGAUCAAGGCGCAUUCAAUGACGUCCCAUUGCGAGCUGAGACGAGCACGGAGAUUAUCACUCCCUUGUGUGCAGCUCUCAACGAGAGUGCAGAAGACACAUCGCGCUGCCAUGGUUUUGUAUUCGACGUUGCUGCUACAAGAACCGUUCACCCAGAGAGCUACGGCUACAUCUGCUGCUACACGCGAUCGAACUCAGAAACUGUCAAAGCUGUGGACGCGUCGUCGCGCACCGACUUCGGGUACGCCGAAUUAUUCAUUGGCGUUUCCCCCGACCCCUUGUGCGACUCCUUCAACGACCCUCCAUCGGAUCUUGUGGACCGUUCCACGCACGAAUUCCUUUCACGCCCGUCUACUCCGGAGAGGCAGAAGUACAUCGACGAUCUCUUAGGCCAGCACAUGUCCUACGUCUCGGAGAUUUUUGAGCGCCAGCCCCGCAUAUUCCUCUUUUCGCUCGCAGUGCACGGCUCCCUCGCGCGGAUGUUUUUCUGGGACCGUUCGGCAUGCAUCGUCUCCGAGACGUUCGACAUACGCGCGCGCGCAGACAUCCUCUGCGAGUUCCUCUGGCGGUUCUCCGACCGUGGCGACACGGGACGCGGUCACGAUGUCACGAUCCAGUGCGCACUGCCGAGGGAGGAGCGGCUUUUCCGACGGGCAAUUCGCGAGCACGCUGCGACGCAACUCGGCGAAGGGGAGGACCUGAAGGCGGAGUUGGAUCGUCACUACGUGCCAGGGAAGGUCUAUGCGACCGAGGUCCUCUACUCAGGGACCAUCGCGUGCGAAGACAACACGCUGCGGUAUGUCUUCUCGCGGCCAGUCGCAUCCUCGAACACGCUAGCGCAUUCUGGGACGCGGGGGUUCUGGGCGUUUGACGUGCUGAAGUGGACGGUCGUGUUCCUCAAGGAUACCUGGCGGGACCUCGCGCUGGAGAGCGAGGGCGCUGUCCUGACGCGUCUGCGAGACCUUCAGAUUCGCAACGUAUCUGUCCUUGCUUGGCACGGAGACGUUUCAUGGUUUGCGGAGCACCCAAAAUCUCUCUGCGUGCUCAACACCAUGCGAAACGUGCUGCAAAAGGAUUCUCGCAUUCAUCGUGACAUUAGCAUCGACAACAUCGUGUUAGUCAAAGAACCUGACGACCACGUGCGUAGAGGAUACCUCAUCGACUGGACAAGUUCAUGUACCUUGGACGAAGAAUACGGCGAAGCUAAAGUGACUGGACGGGCGGGAGCGUGGCAAUUCACGUCCCUUCGUCUCCUCAAAUCGGUAGAGCCAAACGAACAAAGACAUCUCUUCGAGGACGACAUGGAAUCCCUCCUCUGGGUCGUCUUCUAUAGCGCGCUCAUGUGGCAACCACACAACUACUCCGACAUCACCCUUCGAGACGUGAUGCGCGAUUUGUUCGAUGCGCGGGUAUGGUCGCCCGCCGGUAAAGCCUGGCUUGGUGGACAUUCCAAGGAGCUGUAUUUGCGCUCGCGUGGAGGAAUGCCGGCUCUCAAGUUUGAUAGCGAAUCUCUUCAAAAAUGGAUGGACAUGAUGGUGGCAUACCGCUCCCCGCUCCGCUCUGACGCCUCGAAGUUCAAGUUCAAAUGGCCAGACCACGCCUUCAUCCACAAGUUCUGGACCAAGUUCGUCGACACCAACGUUUUGGAGACCGCGAACCGGGUGGAACAUGUGCCCGCGGACGACUCUGUCAAAGACGACCAGACCGAGUUGGGCGCCGCGUCGGAUCAAGGGAGGAGUUCGCAAUUCUCAAUCUCCUCUGAGAACACCAUGAUCCCCGUCUACGACAUCCCCGUCUUCCUGGGCCCCGAGACCAGACCAUCCGCUCAAGAGCAUGUCAAAAACUGCAGGAACACUGUAGUCGGACCAAUGCCACCAUUCAAGUUCCUGGACACCUUUCUUUCCAUUUCCAGCUCAAAGGGCACCUCAUGUCACCUCCCGAGUACGGACGCGUUCAAUGGCGUGCCUCGGGUCGCCUCCACAGCAGACGAGAUCUCAGGUGCUCUGGUCGCUACCUUAAACCAUAGUACAGCGGACGUCUCUAGAUGUCCCGGCUUUGUGUUCCAGUCUGCUCGGACUCCGCCCUGGAAUCUGAAGAAGGCCCACGUCUGUUGCUUCAGCCCAGACGGUUUCGAAGCCGUACGAGAUGCGAUGGACUCCCCGCGCGUCGAAUACGGGUACGCCGAGCUAUUCCUCGAUAUCUCCCCCGAACCCUCUCUCGACUACUUCGAAGAUCCCCUUCCCAAAGACACCCCAAACCGCUCGGUGCACGAGCUACUCUCUCAGUCGCCGAACAAUUCUGGGCAAAUCGAAGAACUAUUUGGUCAACAUAUCGAGUACGUGGUCGAAGUCUUCACUCGCCAAUCCCGCGCCUUCGUCUUCACGGUCGCCAUGCACGGUUCAAGCACCCGCUUCCUCCGCUGGGACCGCUCAGGAUGCGUGGUCUCCGAGUCAUUCGACAUCCGCACCCACCCCGAGCUCCUUUGUGACUUCCUCUGGCGGUUCUCGCAAGCUACCCCCGCCGGACGGGGACACGACACCUCGGUGAAGCACGCGGCGCCGCCGGAUGAGAAGACGUUCCGCGACGCUAUUCGAGCAUACGCAGCAACCCAACUUUUUCCCGGCGAAGACCUCGAGGGCGAAGUAGAGCGACAUUACGCCCCGAGACGGGUGUAUGAAGUGCAGCUCCUGUCACGCGACGGGCAUACGCGAGAGGACAAGCCGCGGAAGAUGCUGUUUUCCCGCCCCGUCGCUUCGUCGUGCACCCUUGCUGGCCAUGGGACGCGCGGGUAUUGGGCAGUACUCGCGCAUGAAGAUGGGAUGAAGGAGGUCGUCUUCCUGAAAGAUACUUGGCGCAGAAGCGAGGGCGGGGUCGCUGUGGAAGGGGAAGUCCUGCGGGAGCUGAGGCACCGGAGUGUGCAGUUCGCUCCGGUCAUGAAGUUACAUGGCGACGUCUCGUAUCCCGAGGGGACAUCACCAGGCAACGACGCAGUGCAAAAGUCCGUGAACAUGGUGGAAUAUCCCGAUUGGGCGGCUCGGGUGAACGGCCGAAGAAGAAAACUGCGGCAAAGGACACAUUAUCGGUUGGUCAUGGGACCCGCCGGGCGACCUUUCGAUACUCAACGUAGUGCGGAGGAGUUAUUGCACUCGUGCUAUGACGUGUUCACCGCAAUGAAGAUGGCGUUGGAGACGGGGAACCUCCUUCACUGCGACAUCAGCACAGGGAAUAUCGUCCUCGUCAAAGAACCCGACAGCGAUAUCCGAAAGGGUUACCUGAUUGACUGGGGCUUGUCGGUCAAGGCGAACGAGGACAAUGAAGCGUUGAGCAGUGGUCGAAGAGGUACGCGGUGGUUCAUGUCGCGGCGCAUACUCCAAAUGCCCUCCUCCGACAUACUACAUACAUUCGAAGACGACAUGGAGUCUCUGCUCUAUGUUGUGCUCUACAGUGCAUUGGUUCUGCACUCGUCCGACUUGACUGAUCGUCAACGGGAACGGCGCCUACAGAUAUUCACGCAAAAAUCAGUGAAUACAGAUGGCGAACAUUAUGGCGGUCUUGGCAAGAUGGAGAAUGCCAUGAAUCGCAAGUACACUCGUGGCGUCCGAUUCGACAGCCCUGCCCUUGGUGAGUGGCUGGAUACCAUGAUGGCCUAUCACUCUCCUCUACCGGAGCACGGCGACAAACACAAUAACAAAUGGAACGUCAAGGCGAUCGACGGGUUCUGGAAGGAUUUCUUAGAGCCUCGCGCACUUGCAACAUCCACCCGUCGCCCUACGAAGCCGCGGAUCGGCCACCACGCCGAGGCGAAGCGCGGCCGCAAGGACCAGGCAUUGGCAACGGGAAAACGCAAACGUGCAUCUUCGCCGGACCCUUUGCCCGUCAAUAAGAAAAGCCGAGUGAAGUCGAACGAACUCGCGCCUCCGACGCUGCGUCGCAGCGCCCGGCUCAAGGAGUACGAGGAGAAGGCCAAGUCGCGAAUUCCGCCCAUAGUCAUUCCGGCGCCGACGGAUAUCAGGAGGAAUGGGGGCAUGAUGGAUGGCUCCUCGAGGCUGGCACGGAGACGACGUCGACAUAUUUAA